ACACUUCUUGUUUGUGAUUGGACAGAGCCAGCCAGAGAAGCACUGCUGUGAUUGGUUGUUUUUGCUGCCAGUCAAGAGAAAUGUUGCUUCGUCAUUGGUCAGCGACCGAAAGUCUAGAAUAUUUGAAGGCACUUGGCGGUUUUACUCAUAGACUGUAUACUUUUUACUUUUUACUCUGCGUGUUUUCGCCCAUUGCGCGCGCGACUUCUGACUCUGAAGUUAUGUAUUGUCCGCGUUGUGGGAAGACAUUUCAGUCACUUCAACAUUUUUGCAGUUCUUGUGGACAGUCAUUGGCUGCAUUAGAAGAAACUAAACAUGAACCGGACUUCAGUGGCCCGAUUCCAGAUAAAUAUUGGAAUCAUGUCUCUUCAAAAGAACAUCAUGAAACCUGUCAGAGGGAAAACUCUUCCACUGAUUCUGGAUCCUGACACUGACGCAGCUGGGUUGCAUGGAUUGGCAGUCAAGAAGAUGACUGACUUUAAUUCGGAUAUGGAUGAGGGCCCCUAUGUCCUCAUUUACCCAGACACAUCAGAAGUAAUUAAUAUUCCUGGUACUUCAACGCCAUUUAAUCUGAGAGAGUAUAAAAUGGAAAUAGGGAAGACCUACAACCGAAUUGCUCUCUUUAUAUGUCUUGAAUCUGAUUAUGACAAAGGUGAACAACAAGAUGCAUCAGACUCUGAUCGGGAAGUCUUCGUGAGACGCAACAGAGGGACUGAGGUUGACCUUGCUGACACACUGGUGUGUGUGUGUCCCUGGGAACCUGAGCAUGAAAGUACUCCAAAAAGCACUGCAGAGAAAACAAGGGCAUCAUAUCAGAGUGAAAAGGAAGAGAUACUCAUUUCGGACACUGAUGACCCCAAUGAGGGCACUUCUCAAAGUUGGAGGAACACUGCUACAAGUGUUCCAGAUACCCCUUCCAACAUGACUGCUGUGAGGUCCACUGUCAACCCAUUGUACAGCACAUACACACAGUUGUAUGCUCCCAUUGCAAUUGAUGAAGAUGAGGACGGGAGUCAAGAUUUCAAUGUUGUGCCCAUAAGCGCUGACCCUGCAAAGGAAGCUGUGGACACAAGUAUAUCUGCAGCCCAUAUUAUUGAAAACUUAGCAGAUGCCAUAGACCACAACACUGUCAGCAGAUUCAACAUAACUCGCACAAAUGUUUGGGAUGGAGCUGUCAGAGGGUUCAGACGUUCAACCUUCUGUGAAAAGUCUGACUUGCUUGUGAGGUUCACGGAUGAUGCAGGCUCUGUGGAAGAAGGAAUAGACGCAGGUGGACCAAGGCGAGAAUUUCUGACACUCCUCAUGAGCUUUUUGCAGUCUCGGCCUAUUUUUGAGGGACCUCCACAGAGUCGGUACUUGGUGUACAAUGCUGCAGCAAUCAGGGAGGAUGAAUAUUUCAUGGCAGGGAAGAUGAUAGCCGUGUCCAUUGUUCAUGGAGGACCAGGCCCACAUUUUCUUUCAAGGGACCUGGUGAACCACAUAGCUGGACAGCCUGGUUUCUGUGCACAUGUGACGGAUGUGACAGAUGAUGAGAUAGGGAGAGCUCUCAGUGAGAUUGAGUUGGCACAUUCUCUGAAGUCUCUGCAAGAUGUGUUACUGAAACACAGCUCCAUGCUUCAGACUGCUGGCUGCUUCAGGCAUGUCAGCUCCGUUGAAGAAAAACACACUGUGGUGGCAGAAUACCUUACCUGGUACACCAUCGGCAGGAAUCACAGUGUAAUUGAAAGAUUCAAAGAUGGACUGGCUAGCCUAAACUUUUUGGAUGCCCUUUGCCAACAUCCGAGUGUACUGGCUCCAGUGCUGUGUCAUACGGACAAGAGGCUGACUUCAGUUGAAGUGGAACGACUCUUCUUACCACAGCUCAGUCCAGCAGGGAGCAACAGGAGGACUACAGAAACCGUGGCACUCAGCUUCUGGGCAGACUAUCUGAUGGACUGUGAAGAACAAGGACCAGUGUCACUGGAGGAGUUAUUCAUGUUCAUCACCGGCCUGAAGACAGAACCCCCUGCAGGAAUGACACCCCAUCCAUGUGUCACGUUUUCACAGGAGACUAUCUAUCCCAUGGCAAACACCUGUGCAAACACCAUAACACUUCCACUACUAGGAACGUACGCUAGUUUCAAAGCCAAUAUGGACUUUGGCAUCCAAAACUCCCCAGCUUUUGGAUGUCUGUGA